GACAGUGCUGGUGAUAAAGCUUUUGCUACAGGCCCAGAUGACUUUAUGCCAGAAACUAAUUUGGAAGACAAGACUGAUGAUGACGUCCCAAUUACUGAAGAUGUAAAUGAACAAGAAAGUGAUCCAAAUCAGUACCACAUGAGAGGAGGCAUAAACCUUAUCAAGCGUAAGAGACCUAAAAUCAUUCACUCUGUUAGAUUCAAUAGAGAGAAAGACCCAGAAAACUUUUUCAGAGAGCAACUUAUGCUUUUCACCCCUUGGAGAAAGGAGGACAUAGAUUUGCAAGGAGAUUCACAAAGUUUCGAAGAGAGAUUUGAACAACUGAGCGAUAGCAUUUUGUGUAACCGGGAGCCAUAUGAGUAUCACAGUGAAAUACUAGAUAAAGCACUGGCAGAUAUAAUUGUUGAGCAAGGUGAUAAUAUUGGUGACAAUGUUGCUCCAAAUUCAGAACAUGUUAAUGAACAAGAUCGUGCAAUAAAAGAAAAGCCAAGUGAACUGUUUAGCAGCUUUGACCCAGGCAAAAAUAAGCAACACAACCAGUAUGACUUGCUUGAUGACAUUGGCAUAUUUCCUAGAUGUAAUGACCAGGAGCUUGUUGUAAAACGAGUAUCAGAUUUUGAAUACCGUGCACUUGUUCGUUCAUUAAAUGAGAAACAAAGGCAAUUCUUUUAUCAUGUCCUGCACGCAAUCAAAACUAGUGAUGAGCUACUCAGAUUAUUCUUGUCAGGCGGAGCAGGUAUCCUGUUUGAGGUUUUUUAGGGCAUUGGGUACUAGAUUGGUGCAAAUGGCUGGGAAAAUCAAAAUGGCGGGUUUUCAUGCUUGAGAUUGAUAUAUUACUUGCCUACAUUUCUAAUAUACUCAAUUCCUGUGAGUCAAUGAUAGGUGCCGCAUUUACCGAGCCGAUUCUACCUGACAACAGCUCGCAGUAAGUAAUUUUUGGGGUCGCUUUUAUUUGAUUUUGAAUAUUAAUUCAGGAUUUCAUUACCAUACGAAUUUAGCCCGGGGCUUGUUCUCAUGAAAUAUGCAUUUAUUUGAGGUAUUCAUGGCUCUUUGACCCAAAAAUUCCAUAGGGAUCUGAGCGACACGCUAUCAGCCCGAAAGGAAAGGUUCCCCCUCGCUCGCUUUGUAGGAAAGAGACGAUCAGAAGAAGAUCGUUUAAUCCAAGAAAGGCUUCUGAUCGAUACCAAGCUAGAGGGAAUAAGGCAAGAGAUCGAACAAAAGCGUGAAGAGCUCCUCAAAGCUAACAAAGAAGCGCACUGCUUGGAAGAAAGGAUACGCAAGAGAAAACUUAAGACUGCUGGCCUUAGUGCUGAAAACGAAUCACCACAUGCUAAAUCACCAAGAACCACCAGAAUCACCAGCAAGUGUUUUCCCCCCUCUGAUAAACUAGAGCUGUUACAGACUCAAGAACUUAAAAGAAAGAAGAGGACUCUUGCUGCUCUGAGACCAAUACAUUGCAGUAAUGGUGUGAAACCGCAUGACGACAAGCCAGUAUUGGAUGGCAUGUGGGCAUCUCUUGCUUCCAGCACUACUGCAAAGCAGCUUACAUCUUACAUAAGUCAGUCUGAGACCUGUACCUCCAAGGUUCUUCCAGCAAUUGUGAAGAAAAAGGUGAAAGAUUAUGAAUCAAGUGAGGCAAACUCCAUCCGAAGUAUCCGUACCUUAUAUAAUGGUGGCCUUAUUGGUAAAAGGAAAUAUACCACCAUGAGAAACAGCACCGACAAGCUUAAAGAACCUGAAGCUACUGAGAAAACUAAGCUUUAUACAGAGUUUAUGGAUGGAUGCAAAGUUCCAAAACCAGUUCCAUACAAGAAACUUAUGCAAAUUAUAAAUAAUAUUAAUAUUGGAGAAGUUACUGAUUUAGGAAGUUUAGCUGCUAAAUGCUCAUUUCCCCAUGUUGAUGGAGUUUACCGGCCACUCAAACCAUUUCUCUUGCAACUAGCAGACAUGUACAUAACUGCCCAUGAGAAAAAUCGAUGCCUUCAUUGGUUUAAAGGAGAGAAAGGAACAUUUCAAGUGGCUAUCGGAGAAGAUGGUGCGCCUUUUGUAAAAGAUAUCACUGCAACUGGCACCCCCAUGCAGUCCGACCGGCAGAUCAGAGGUUACUUGAAUGGAGGGCACGUGGCAACAGGGUGAGGUGGAUAGGCCGUCGGGACCUAGUUACCCUUCCACAUGCAGCAAUAGUCUGGACAGGAAUCCACACAGC